AUGUUUCUGCUAACCACCUUGGCACUCUUCUAUCUUGUCUGGUGCGCCGGGGCCAUACAAAUCGAUUGCGACAAAACGGAUGCUGUGAAUGAGGAUCACAUACACUACUGCUGCAAGCACCCGGACGGACACAACGAGAUCAUUAGUGACUGCGCCAAGGAGACGGGCUUCAAGGUGCCGAGUGACAAGGAGCAGUCCCUGGUCGAUCUGACAGCAACGCGUGCCAUAUCGGGCACCUGUUUCGCCAAGUGCGUCUUCGACAAAAUGAACCUCAUGAAGGACAACAACUUGGACAUGGAUGCCGUUAGGAAAUAUCUCACAGAGAAGUUCAGCCAUGAUCCGGAAUAUGUGAAUGAAAUGAUCAACGCCUUCGAUCACUGUCACGGCAAAACUGAGGAGAAUACCGCCAAGUUCAUGUCGAAUCAUGUGUUUGUGCAGAUGUCCCAGCACUUCUGUCCUCCCAAAUCGGGCGUCAUUAUGGCCUGUGUCAUACGUCAAUUCUUUCACAAUUGCCCCAAGGAUCGUUGGGCCAAGACCAAGGAGUGCGAAAAUCUAUUGACUUUCAGUGAAAAUUGUCGCGAUUCUUUGGCUACAUUGUAA